UAAUUGCAAGUGUCUAUAUAUUUAUGACAUAUGCAACGAUAGGAAGAUUUGGCUCAUUUCUUGUGUUCUCUACAAACAAAGAAACCGAAAAUUCCAUAGGAACUACGGAACUAAAUUAAGUCGCUGACAGUGACGACAGAAGGUCAGAUUAAAUGAAAUUCACUUGCGUGUCGUAUAUACCUCUACCAAUAUAAUAAUUAUUUGUUAUUGGAAAACCAAGUCAAUUUUUUAGAGAAGUAACUUGUAAUUGUUUGCCUAACAGCACUGAAGAGAAAGGUGAACAGGUUAUCAACAUUUCUCAAUUGAAGAUAAUAAAAUGAAUAUCCACUGUAUAAGAGAAAAUCUUUGCUUCGUUUACAAGAAAUUAGGAAAUGUAAUUGGACGGCAUCCAUAUUAUUUUAUAAGUAUACCUUUACUUCUCUCAGCAUCUCUCUCUCCCUUCCUUGCAAGAAUGUCGACUAGCGAAGAUUAUUAUGACGUUAUAGUUGCAGAUAGUGGAAAGAUUUUUAAUACUAAGAUAUUUGUUGAAAGUACUUUUUCGUAUAAUUCAGAAGAAUUUUCUGAUCAGAUUAGAGCACCUGAUGUAAUCAAUUCCCUAUUAGUAUAUAUCACGAGAAAAGGUGGAGGACAUAUGUACGAUAAAAAUGUUCUUUCGGAUGUAAGAUUAAUCGAUGAAAUAGUACAAAACGUAACACUUGAUGGUGAUGAUAAGCAAAUACAUUAUCUUGAUAUUUGCGCAUUAAGUAACAAUAAAUGCUUCCAAAACCCGAUCAUUGAAGUCAUGUCAGAAGUGGGUGUGAAUUCUUUACUUCAGAAGAGAAAGAAGUUGAAAUAUCCCAUUGAUAUAGAUCUAUUGUCUUUCACCUAUAAAAUUUACUUUGCGAAUUUGGGAGGAGUAAUUCUGGAUAAUGAUAAUUUCAUAGAUAAUUUUAAUGCCAUGAUGUUAUAUUAUUCAACAGACAAUAAAAAUGAAGAAAAGAAGAAAUUGUUUGAUGAAUGGUCGUUGGAGGUUUACGAUACGAUACAGAAAUAUGAUUUUACAUAUGUCAACCUCUUUCCAAAUUCGCAGUUAUUUAUUCAGAAAGAAUUCGGGAAUCAAUUAAAUGGAACAAAACCAAAAAUAGGAGGUUUAGUAGCUUUUAUGAUUAUAUUAUCGAUAUUGUUCUGCAUGAGCAACAGUUGGGUUCGAAGUAAACCCGUUCUUGGUGUAGCCAGUGUCAUGUCGGCUGGAUUAGCAAUUAUCUCUUCUUUCGGAUUAAUGUCAGCUUUAGGUAUAAAGAACAUUUCGUGGAAUGCCACCAUUCCAUAUCUAGUGCUUGUGACCGAGAUAGAUGAUGCAUUCGUACUGAUAGGAUGCUGGAGAGUCACAAAUUCCAAGCAGAAAAUCGAAAAACGAAUGGAAGUGACAUAUUGUGAAGCAGGGAUUUCAAUCACGUUAACUUCACUCACCAACUUUAUUUCUUAUUGCAUUGGAAUGAUGAGUCCGUUUCCUUUUAUCAGAAUAUUCUGUUAUUAUACAGCGACUUGCAUCGUAUUUACCUUCCUGUAUCAGAUAACGUUUUUUGGAGGAUGUCUAGCGUUAAGCGGAUACAGAGAAGAAGGCGAUAUUAGUUUCUUGCAAUAUUUUACACGAGAGGAAUUCGUAGAAACUAUUCGAAGGAGUAACAAAGUAGAAGAAAAAGAAGCAUUCAUGGCAUUUUUCGGAGAUGUAUUAGGAAAAAUACUUUCACAUCCAAUAGUGAAAAUAAUUGUUUUGUUUAUCUACGUCAUUAAUUUAAGUAUUGGAAUUUGGGGUGCUCAUUCCAUUACGCAUGGCAUCAAGUUUGAAAAUUUAUUUCCCAAAGGCUCUGUACUUAGAGAAAGCUCUCGUAUUCGAUUCACAUAUUUCAGUGAGUACUCUUAUCCUUUUCACAUAAUCAUUAACAAACCCUUGGAUUACUCAGAUAUAAAAGUUCAAGAAUCCAUAGAAAAUCUUUUAAAAAAAUUCGAGCAACAUCCCCACAUGGCAGAAGAGCAGUACACUGUAUCAUGGUUAAAGUUUUAUAAAGAAUUUCAGAAUAACCCUGUCGCGAAAUUCUCGUUAGGAGGUUAUAACAUGUCGAACAAACAAGAUUUCAUCGAUGGUCUUCGUAAUGUCUUCUUCAAAGUGCACGCAGCCAAGUCACUGUCAAAUGAUGUCGUGUUUAAUAGCAAUGGAACCGACAUCUUAUACAGCAGAUUCUUCGUUAUGGGAAAAGAUUUGAACUCUUCACAAACAGAGAGAGAUACGUUGAAAGAAUUAUGGGAAAUUGCUGAAAAAUCUGAAAUUCCUGUAUUGGUACAUUGCAUAAAAUCGAGUAUAAUUAACCAAGGAAUAAUCAUAGAACAUACAAUUUACCAAUUAUUUUGGAUUACGGCUGUUUUAAUAACUAUAAUCUUUUUCUCAAUGGUACCAAACUUGUUAGUUGCCCUUAUUGUGGCCAUUUCAGUGGUUACUUCAAUUCUAGAAACAUUGGGUUACAUGUCAUUAUGGGGCGUCAAUGUGGAUAUAUUCUCUAUGAUGAACCUUAUUUUGUGUGUUGGAUUCAGUGUGAAUUACCCUUGUCACAUGUCUUAUGCUUAUAUCAUGUCAUCCAGGAAAAGUGCGAAUGAGAAAAUAAGAGAAUCUUUGUAUCGUAUUGGGUUUUCUGUAAUACAAGGUUCUUUGUCUACGGGGCUAGGAAUAUUGAUUUUGUAUUCUGAUGUAUAUUUUCUGUCGACAUUUGUAAAAAUUGUAGUUCUUAUUGCAGUACAAACCGCGUUUCACGCAUUGUUUUUUAUACCUGUCAUACUGUCCACGAUUUCUUCCGUGUUCGAGAAGAGACUAAAUAUUUAAGUAUUCUGCAAUGUUGCAUAUCUUUAUAAACAAUUAAUUGGCAAGUUAUUUAAUGUCUGUCAGAAAAACAUUGUUACACUCUUCUUCAGCCUCUGUUAUCUCACAUCAUACUCCAUAAUUUUGUAUUCUUUUCUUCCCGGUUUCACUCAUUAAA